UCUUCCCCCACCUAAUUUCUCAACCUUCGGAAAAAGCAAAAUGUGUAAGCGGUCCACCGUCAUCCGUCACUCCACGAACAAGUAGCUGACCUUCUUCACUCUCGCUCGAGCUCAUCAUCCAUGGCGUCGAUUUUGAAUCUAGCGGGCGUAGGUCUUUCGUCAUCGGUGGCGGUGCGGAGGCGAGGCAGAGACGGAGGAUUCGCCGGUGCGGUCGAGAGAGCGAGGACGAGACGGUUGGUAUCGGUGAGGGCGGAGGCUCAAGCCAUAAACCCCGAGAUCAGGAAGAGCGAGGAGAAAGUCGUGGACGCCGUCGUCGUUUCCGAGCUCUCGAAGCCGCUCACCGCUUAUUGUCGAUGCUGGAGAUCUGGGACGUUCCCCCUCUGUGAUGGCAGCCAUGUGAAGCAUAACAAAGCUACCGGGGACAAUGUCGGUCCUUUGCUGUUGAAGAAGCAAAAAGAGUAGAUUGUAGUGUGUUCAUAUGGCCAAUUUGGCAUGUUAAAUUGAAAGUCUGAAUUUUGCGUGUGUACGAGGUGAAUCUUGUCUGUCAUACUACAGAACAAACUGAGUUGCUGCUCCCGCAAUAAAUAAGCUGAAAGUACUUCUGGGUUCGUUGAUCGUGGGUUGUUGUUUUCUUUCUCAUGUUUGCAUGGUAUUUAUGCCAUGACUUCUAAAGCUGGAGGGUUAGCCCACUAUUACUGCCGUGUCCUCUCAUCGAUGCCCCUCUGCAGAUUUUGAGACCCUUUCAAUUCGUGCCAUCUUGUAAUGGUACUUCCCCUUUUU